AUGAAUUCUUCCCAAUUUUUUAACAAAAAACAAACAUUUUUAUUUUUAAUUUUUGUUUCUCAAUUAUUUUUUAAUUGUUCUUCAACAAAACGUUCCCGUUCAGACAUUGUUGCACCCGCAAUUCCUUUUUUGGGAACAGUAACUCCUUGUGUUGACUCUGAUGGAGUACCAAUACAAUGGCAUGUUAGUGUUAAAUGUGUCAAAGGAUGCAAUGAAAUUGCCAAAAAGCGUGGAUAUAGUGAUUUUACUAUAAUUACAAAAACUCCUCAUGGGGCUGGCUUUAUCUUUAAUUUGGUUCCAGGUGUAAAAGAUGAUGGAACUGUUAAAAGAAUAAGGAAAAUAAUUGUGAGAAUUGAAUCUACUAGAGAAUUGGCUGGACAAAAAAGGGCAAAUACUUGGACUUUGGAAUAUCCAAAUUUCGAUAAAAUCCACAAAUUCACCUUUGGACAUUUCAAUCCAAUUCCAAACAGUCAAAGAGGCCUUUCUUUAAAUAUUAAAUUUACAAUUCCAAUAGAUUCUAGUUUAUUAAUAAAAAUUAAAAAUGAAAGGAAAAUGGUUUUUACAGCAAUAGUUCAUGAUAAAAACAAAAAUGAACUUUCAAAAAAAGAUUUAAACGAAAAUGAAUGGAUGGGAAUUGAACAAAUUGAAAUGAUAUUAGAUGAAAUUAAAAUUAAAAAUUAUUUAAAAAAGAAUAGAGAACAUUCAAUGAUUUUUAGUGUUUUUGUGGUACCAACAGUUGUUUGUUCAAUUUGCGGGCAAAACAAAAGGUCCCUCGGGAAACUUCGUUUAUUGCCUGGUUGUGAUGUAUGUUUUAUUUGUUUAUUGACAAUAAAAUUGGAAUUCUUUGAAAUUUUCGGCAAAAUUUGGCAAUUUAUUUGCAAUGAAAUAAUAAUUUUAAAUUAUUAUUUUAAUAUUUUUGAUAUAGAACUCGAUUUUACGUAUAUCCUUAGGGACAAGAAGAAACGAGGUUACCUAAAAUCGAAUUUUUGGGUAUAUUCCUUCAGUAUCUCGCCCUAUCCGGUACUUUCUAAAUUAAAAAAAUCGUAUCUAAAUUCAAGUACUCAGUAA